AUGUCUUUCUUUUUCUUUCAUAUUAAGGCUUUGAAAUGUCAUCCAACAACAGAAAUAUGUCGCCGAGCUCCAAAUUGUGAUGAUAAUAACCCAGAUGAACCGUUGAAAUGUUAUCAUUGUGCUUUCAAAGAUAAUUCGAAUCAAGAAACAGUUUCUAAAACUCUACUUGCUUCAUCAAUUUCACAACAGCAACAGCCGUUAGCACCGCGUCUUUUAGCGAAAUCAGGUGCGACACGAUUAUUAGCUGACAAUCGAAAUUCGGCACCAACUUCAUUGCCAGGCAAAUCAGUCAACAGUACAGUCGAUGAUUUAUCUUACGAUGAUUACUAUGAAUAUGAUGAAACUGAAGCUGCAGAUAAGAAAGAAUUCGGCGAAGAAGAUGAAUACCUCGAUGAUUAUGCAGAACCGAUUGAUUCAAUUCUGCCAAGUUCGAAUACAAUUCGUAAAUUAGGUAUUUGUCCAAAAGCCGUCGAACCCGUUGACAAAUGUGAACCAACAAAAACCACUCAAUCGGAAUGUCGAUUCGAUACGGAUUGUCCCGGUGAUCACAAAUGUUGUGAAGCAUCAUGUGGACAACGUGUCUGUCGAACUCCAAUCACAAAGACCGUUUCUGUAUGUCCAUUAGCGUUCACAUGCACACUCAAUUGUCGUCUUGGUUAUCGAACUGAUUCCAAUGGAUGUCUCCUAUGCGAAUGUCAAUCAUGUCCAUCGAUGGAUCGUUGCAAUAAGCAUUGUUCAUCGGGAUAUUUGAAGGAUUUGUUUGGAUGCAAUAUUUGCGAAUGCAGUGAUCAAUGUCCACCAUUUUCAUGUGGUCUCAAUUGUCCGAAAGACGUUGGCUUUGCUAAAUCAUCUGAUGGUUGUCCACUGUGUCAAUGUGCUACGACAAAACGUCAACCGGUAGAACAUACAACUUCGUGUCAAGACGACGUUCACUGUCCUCCAGGUUUUCGAUGUCUUAAUGAUGCACGUAAUGUGCCGAUGUGUCAAGCAGUUUCUGGGUCUGAUGGACCACCAGCGCCGACCAAGGAAUGCCCUACAAAUUUGUCUACCACAUGUAACCUUCGAUGUACAAAUGGAAAUUACAUACUCGACACCAAAGGAUGUCCAACAUGCGCAUGCACAUCUGAAGGAACAAUACAACGUAUAGUUCAACCCUCAACAGACACAAAAGAUGUUCCAUCGAAAGCAGGCGUUCAAUGUUCACCGAUUAUGUGUCGUAUGUUUUGCGAACAUGGCUUUCGUCGUGAUAAAAACGGAUGCGAGGUUUGUCAAUGCAAUGAUUCUCCUCAAUCAUGCCCGAAACUAAAUUGUCAAAAUAAAUGUACUAGUGGUUAUCGCAAAGAUUAUAGCAAUUGUCCAACGUGUUCAUGUAACGAUGACGAUGCACAGAAGAAGACUGAUGAGAACAAUGGUUGUUCGCCAAUCACAACUUGCAAAUUAUCUUGUAAAUAUGGCUACGAACGUGACUUCGUUGGAUGUCAAUUGUGUUCAUGCAAUCGAUGUCCUGUUCAGACAUGUCGAAUGUUUUGCAUGUAUGGUUUUAAAAAGAACAGCGAAGGUUGCGAUAUGUGUGAAUGUAAUUGGGAACCUGUUUCGGAAAAGAUUCAAUGUAGUGAAAGAAUUCCUUGCAAUGGAAAUCGUGUAUGUAAUUUGGACUUACAUCUAUGCGAGUUAGUUAGCGGCGAGAAGAUCAAUUAUUUUGUUUAUGACUUUGAAAUCGAUACAGUACUGUUUAAUGAUCCGCAGUUUGUUACAACAUUUAAGAAUGGUUUGAUCAAUAAUAUUGCAGCGAAAUACAAUUUGGAACCAUCGCAGAUCAGCGUGACGGCAGUGGAGCCGAAUGGCAUGACUUCGUUCCAGAUAAUGCCAUAUUACUUAGAAAAUGCGGACGAAUUUCAAACGAAAAUGGAUAAGAUCGAUACUGAUUUAAACUCACAAGAAUUUCGCCGUGUGUUACCAGCUGUCACCGACGUCAUUGACAAGAAGAAAACUCCAUCGAACGAUUCACUAUGGAAUCAUUAUGUAAACAAGAAAUUCCUCGCCUUCGUCUAUAUCGUGGGUAUUCUCAUUGGAAUUCUGGCAACUAUGCUUUCUGGAAUUUACUUUUUCGUCACUCGACAAUGUAAUCUUUUUCCACGACGUUCAGAAUCAAAAUCACCUAUAUUCGAUACACCAUAUCAACCAGCACCAACAGAAGAAGAACAGUAUCAUGCAGUUCGCGCACCUGAUGGUACAGCAUAUGUAGUCGUUGAAAGUGAAGAGCCACAUCCCGAUAACGAUAAACGAAUCAUUGUUUGA